AGCGAAGGAAGGAUCACAUUUCUCAGGACAAAGGCAUUUCACUAAUGGUUUAGCUUCCCCAUCUUUUCCACCCCGAAGCUGACGACCCAGUGCGAUCUCUCUGGAAGAUGGCAGUCUCUGGGCGCCAGAGGUCCCCCGAAGCUUCACAGACCCAAGAGCCCAGGACUACAACUCCCAGAAUCCUUCGCUCCAGGAUGCGCGUGCGUCGUAGUGGCUAAGAGGGGUGGAGCGGAGGUGUCCACCGUCGUGGGUUCCCCGUGCAGGUCUUCUGCUGUCGCUCUCUCUACUCUGGGAGCUUCAGUGCUUUUAGCACCGGUCCAGGGACAGGAGGAACUAGUGCUGGGCCUUCGGCAGCAUCUUAAGUCUUGAACAGGCCAGUGCCCCAAGGGUUAGGCUGUCAGUGAGCGCAGGCUGUGCCCGGGUCCAGCUCCUUCCUGGUCCUUCCCUAGGAACAGACCUGGAGAGGCGCGGAGGGGAAGAGUGCGAGGCUUGCGGGACAUCUACCAGGCCCAGUCCGAUUUUCCAGGAAGCUCCGGAGAAGCUGUCCUCCUGACGUGUGAGGAGACCUGGUCGAACCCAGGCUGGCUAUGAAGAGCGACGCCUCGACGUCUGCAGCCCCUUUGAAAGGGCUCGUGGGCCCUCUGCGGAGCAGCGAGCCCGCGCUCGCCCUCCCGGCUGUGUCCCCCGCGGUGCACCUGCUGGAAGAGGCGGCNGACCUGUUGGUGGUGCACCUGGACUUCCAUGCCGCACUAGAGACUUGCGAACGAGCCUGGCAGAGCCUGGCGGAGGAGCCUGUGAGUGGCACCAUUGUGGAGGUGAGAUGUUCCCUGUGUGUGGUGGGGAUCCAGGCUCUGGCAGAAAUGGAUCGAUGGAGAGAAGCCCUGUCCUGGGUCCUCCAGUACUACCAGGUUCCUGAAAAGCUGCCUCCCAAAGUCCUGGAGCUGUGCAUCCUUUUAUACAGCAAAAUGAAAGAACCCGGAGCUGUGCUGGAUGUGGCCAGUGCCUGGCUCCAAGAUCCAGAUAACCAGGGCCUUCCUGAAUAUGGAUCGCUGGCCAGACUCCACGUGUUCCAGCUGCUGCUACCCUCGGGUCGCUUGUCAGAGGCCGAGGAGCUGGCGGUGGGCUCUGNGGCCUUCAGCGAGGAGCAGCGGGUAGAAGCGCUCCAGGCCAUCCACACAGCACGGCAGCAGCACAUGCAGGAGCACUCGGACUCCCAGGAGCCCCAGAAGCUGAGGCAGGAAGGUUCGUUCUCCCACAAGUUGCUGUCGCUGCUGAUGCUGCUUCGCCGGCUCUGGGGCUCCGUGGUGAGCCACCUCCUCUCGCAGCCCUUCAGAAAGGGCCUCCUGGCUGCCUUGAUCCUCUGCCUCUUGAUUCUACGGUUUGACCCAGCAGCUCCUUCUUCGCUGCCCUUCCUCUACCAGCUGACCCAGCUCUUCCGCCGGAUCCAGAAGGCCACACUUUCUCGGCUCUACCCCCUCGCCCUCCGGGACUGAGUGGUCCUACCUGGCUGUCUCCACCUCUUACACACCACAUCUACAGAAGCGGAAAAGUUGAGCCCAGUGCCUGGGUCCAAGAUGGCACCAUGAGAGUGGGCCCAUUGGUUCUAGAAGGAGUGACCAAGGCAGGUGAGCCAUGGCUGGCUGACUUUGAACCCUCCCUUUGGUAUCCCACUGUGGCUGGCCUCAGAGGGAGUUUGAGAACAGUGGUGNCCGAGGCCCAGUGCACAGAACACAAGUCUGGCUGCCCAGAACACUGCAACAGCUCUUCAAAAAGGAGGGUUAGGAGCAGGGAGUGGGGCUUGAGACAGUCUGGUUUCUUGACAAAGGCAGAGGGUGACUUUCCAGGUCGGGUGCUGAGGGACCUGGGAUUUACAGAUGUGGUGGAAUGGCCCUUGGCCAUUUACCUCUGAAAACUGCUCUACAGCUCAGAAUUUGAAUUUGAGUAAGACCAGAGAUCCCUCAUUCCCCGACUCCCCUCCCCCACACCCUCCCCCCCACGCUCCUCCCACAGAUGCUGGAAUCAGUUCACCAUCCCCUCCCAUUGCUCUGGCAGUAGGGCAAGAGGCUUUCUGCUAGAGGCCUUUUGCUGUUCAGACCGGAUAUGGCUUCUGACCCACCCAGAUGGCCACCUGGAGCUAAGUGAGCCUGCCUGACCUUAUCUCUGGGGAAUGUGAUCUUUCUUGGUGCCGCUGAGUCUUAGCUCAGUUUUCCAGCACUGCCAGGGGCCAAGCUCUGCCCUCUGGGACCCAGUGUCUUCCCACCACACCCCACCACCUUUUGAUCUGUCCAGCCAACUGUGUCACACCACUGUCACUCCUUGAUCCUUUCUCGUGGUCCAUUGUUUGAAUAAUGCCCUAGUCUCUCUGCUCGUGUGGUGUGAAAAGUAGGCCAGGCUCAGGGCUGAGAGCUGAAAAUGGAACUGGGUAAUCAGGUGAGCUGUGAGAUCGGUGGGGGCUGGGCAGAGGGGCUGGGGGGUGGGGCAAAGGGACAACCCCAGGGAGGAGGCACUGCCUGCGCUUCCAGCCUCAGCAUUUCUGUGUAAAAAAAUACAGGCUACUCUGGUGCGGCCAGGAAGGAGGAGGCCCUCAGCCGCCCACCCACACUGGAUCUCUGGCACUGGAUGGCAAGAGAGCAGAGGUUCUGCUAGCCUUUUUUUGGCUGAUAAUUAGGAACUNUGAGUCAACAGCUUUUCUCUAGAAGAGGAAACGUCACAGAAACUUACUUAGAAUUCCAUCUAAACCCUGAAGACUUGGCAACUAGGAUCAUCUUUUUUUUUUUUUUUUUUUGUAUGCCUUUUAAGUAGACCCUAGAUCACACUGGGGAGGGAGAAGGAUUCAGCAAGGGUUGAAAUCCCUUGACAGUGAGUCCUUCAGUGUCGUUGCCCAACUUGGCCCAGAACACCUGGGCUCCAGUGCUGAACUCCGCCCUCCAGCUUCGAAUGUCUGUGACUCACACACCUUAUGACAAUGGUUUUGAAGUGAGGAUCUACCCAUUCACUGCCCUAGAAGAAACUCCUUAACGGCUUUCAUGGCCCACAGGAUACAAAUCCAGAUUCUUUUUAGUAGAAACUUAGGCUAGUGUUCACACGUCUGGCUGACAGCUCCUUUGCUGUGUUGCCCUGUUCGCUGAGCAGACUGUACUCUAGCUGCCGGGUCCUCCUCAGGCCUCCCUGUGAUGGCUUAGCUGGAUCUUCUGGAGGGUCUUGUAGCAGCUCUGCUCUAGACCCUUGGCUUUCCAGGCUCUCAAGGGUUACCCAGCAUUCUUUGCUGCCCAGCCUGUCUCCUGCCCCUCCUGUAGUGGGGGCUUGGUGGUGGGUGGUGGGACAGUUUGCCUCUUCCAGUGCCGUAAGCUCCAUGAGGCUGCAGAGCGAGGCUGCACAGUGUUUGAGUCGGGCUCACAUUCCUGUGUGGGUGACUGUUGGCCAGGGUUCCGAGUUCUCGUCUGUAACUCGGUCCUCUUCUCACAGGGUCUCUUCUACGAAUAAUGGGCACUUAGGACUCUUGGCACUUUUGACAGCCGCUAGGAAGAGUUCUUGUGAGCAGUGGUAUUCCCAGGCUCAUUUGAGCAUGGGUGGGUCCUCAGGGGUGAGUGGACUGGUGNAAGAGGGNGUGCGCUUCUGGUGNGUGUGCCAUCCUGUGCUGUGAAACCCUGAACAGAUCGGCUUGUCUUUCUGCUCUCUCCUGAUGCUUCUCACAGUUGUUCUGCUGGUGGCCCGUGGGGCUCUGUUUAUUUUUACCUGACUGCUGCAGGGCUGUCUGUACCUUAACCACCUGCCACCUGGAUAGCCAGGAACUCGAAUCCCAAACUGNUGCUGUUACUUUGUCCUUUCCAAGGAAGUAGGCUGGUCCUCAGCUCUGGGCUUAAAGAGGUCAGAGUAAAGGGAGGGCCUUCUUGGUGGGUCCAGCGUGGCAGCCAUCAGCCAAAGGUAGCUUUUGAGCAUUUGAAUUGUGUGUGGCUCAUCCACGUGGACACAUGCUGUAAUUGUUAAACAUGCACACUGGAUUUCAAAGACCAAGUACUAAAGAAUAAAAUAAAAGAAUGGAAACACAAA